CCACUAUCUGUUAAUUCCCAGGUCGCUUCUUCUGAAGAGUGGCAUAUUCGAGUGCUCUUUAUUGGGCUAGAUUUAUUUUCAAUUGCUUACUUUCGUAUCCUCCUACCUCCUUACGGAAACCCCGCUGCAGCUGCGAGAGAUUGGUUACCCCGCGUCGUCUCCUCCUAUCUUGACGCCCUCUUACGCCUUCAAUCCUCUACCAAUCAUAACGCCACGCCUUUUCCCGCGUCAACCCUUCUACGAUGGCAUCGGAGCAAGCAUCGGAGGCUCCUGCGGCAGGCUCUCUUGCCGACCGCAUCUCCAAGCCCGAGGAAACCCAGCCUGAAGCCCAGCCUGAAACCAAGCCUGAAGCUCAACCCGAAGCCCGGCCCGCAGACAAUGCUGAGAAGUCCGGCGAGGCCGACCAGACCGAUGGCGCCCCUGCCGAACUCGGCGGGUCUGACCUGCAGGAACCGGACUAUACGGUCGAAGUCAAACUGAGCGAUCUCCAGGCGGAUCCCAACAACCCUCUCUUUUCCGUUAAGAACUUCGAGGACCUUGGAAUCGACCCUCGCAUCCUGAAGGGACUGUCGGCGAUGAACUUCCGCAAGCCUUCGAAGAUCCAAGAACGUGCCCUGCCGCUGCUCCUGAGCAACCCCCCCAAGAACCUGGUCGGCCAGUCGCAGUCUGGUACCGGAAAGACCGCUGCAUUCGUUCUGAAUAUCCUUAGCCGCUUGGACCUUACUUCGGAGAAAGCGCAAAAGACACCCCAGGCUCUGAUCUUGGCCCCGACUCGCGAACUGGCGCGCCAGAUCGUCGGGGUCAUCCAGGUCAUGGGACAAUUCCUCGAAAACCUCAUUAUCGGCACCGCGGUGCCUGCGGACAGUGAUAGCCGCCCGCGGAAGCUUGAGUGCUCCGUUGUCGUCGGUACCCCCGGGACCGUCAUGGAUAUGAUUAAGAAGCGCAUCAUGGUGGCCAGCGGGCUGAAGGUUCUAGUGCUGGAUGAGGCCGAUAACAUGCUCGACCAGCAGGGCUUGGGCGACCAGUGUAUUCGUGUCAAGGGCCUCUUACCACGCACCAUCCAAGUCGUCCUCUUCUCCGCCACAUUCCCCGAGCACGUCCACCAAUACGCCUCGAAAUUCGCCCCUGACGCGAACGAGAUCACGCUCCAGCACGAAGAACUCACAGUCGAGGGCAUCAAACAGCUGUACCUCGACUGCUCCGACGAUGAGGACAAAUAUCGCAACCUUGUCCAGCUUUACGGGUUGCUUACCGUCGGCUCUUCGAUCAUUUUCGUCAAGACUCGUGCGUCUGCGCAAGAAAUCGAGAAGCGCAUGGUCGCCGAAGGCCACACCGUUGCCUCCUUGACCGGUGGUAUCGAGGGUUCGCAGCGUGACGCUGUCAUCGAUCAGUUCCGAGCCGGCCAAGCCAAGGUGCUCAUUACGACAAACGUGCUGGCCCGAGGAAUUGACGUGUCCACGGUCUCCAUGGUCAUCAACUACGACAUCCCCGAGAUCCAUCAACCCGGACGCCGUGAACGCCAGGCCGACUUCCAGACCUACCUCCACCGUAUCGGCCGUACCGGACGUUUCGGCCGUGUGGGUGUUUCCAUCUCCUUCGUCUCCAGCCGCGACGAAUGGAACAUGCUCAACCAGAUCCAACAAUAUUUCAACACCACCAUCCAGCGCAUCGACACCAAAGACUGGGACGAGGUGGAAGACAUCAUCAAGAAGACCAUCAAAACGACCCGGGCCCAGGGAACCUUCGGGCGAUAAGAUAGAUCAUUCCGACCGAAUCGCAUCAUGUGGAGCGUGCAUGUGUAUUGUUCUCAACGAUUGGAAUCCCUCCCACCGGGGGGUGGGGCUUGGGAGGGGAAGACGCAGAGUUUCGCGACGACGAUCCAGUUUUUUUUACGCAUGAAGACUUUAUGAGAUUUCACUUUUUCGACAAAAAGUCACUCGAGAUACUUAUUGUUAGAUACCAGUUUCAAUGUACUUGCCUUAGUCAGAUCCACCUGGGUAGCUGAGGUAGCUGGGCU